UGGCUCCAAACUAAAACCUUAUCCACUCUCCAAAUGAAACAAAACAAAUCGGGCUGAGAAACUCGACGAGGGAGAGACUUACACUAUGACAAUCUUACUUUCUCUUCCAAACCCAAAGCCUGUUUUUAUAUUCAACCCAUUUGGUAAUUAUUAUAAUUAUCACCCACAAAUUAAUCAUAAAUUUUUCUCAACCAAACACUUGCAGACAAGAAAUGCCGCAUCAUCAUCUUCUUCUCCUGCUGCGCCUGGGGUUGAUCUCAACACCCUCCAAACCGCCAUUGAUAAGAAGGACAGCGACGGUGUUAAAGAGGCUCUUGAUAAGCUGAGUGAAGCUGGUUGGGCCAAGAAAUGGAGUUCUCAGCCGUAUGUCUCACGUCGUACGGUCAGUCUGAACUUGUGGACUUCUCUACGGGAGCUCACAACUCUUGGGAUCAAGAAUGCAGAAAACCUGGCCAUUCCAAGUGUCAGAAAUGAUGCGGCAUUUCUUUUCACAGUGGUGGGAACAACUUCGUUAUUGGCUAUUCUGGCCGGCCAGCUUCCGGGGGAUUGGGGCUUCUUUCUGCCUUACUUGAUUGGAAGCAUUUCGUUAAUUGUUCUUGCUGUGGGGAGCAUUUCACCUGGGCUUCUUCAAGCUGCUAUUGCAGGAUUCUCCUCAUUCUUUCCUGAUUAUCAAGAGAGGAUUGCUACACAUGAAGCAGCUCAUUUUUUAAUUGCCUAUUUACUUGGCCUUCCAAUUCUGGGGUAUUCAUUAGAUAUUGGGAAAGAGCAUGUCAAUCUCAUUGAUGAAAGACUGCAGAAACUAAUAUAUAGUGGGCAACUUGAUGCUAAGGAACUUGAUAGACUGGCAGUUGUAGCAAUGGCUGGACUUGCUGCAGAGGGCCUCAAAUAUGACAAGCUGGUUGGCCAGUCUGCAGAUCUAUUCACCCUUCAGCGAUUUAUAAACCGGAGCAAACCACAACUCAGCAAAGAUCAGCAGCAAAAUCUUACGAGAUGGGCCGUUUUGUUUGCUGGAUCCCUAUUGAAAAACAACGAGGUCAUUCAUGAAGCCCUAAUAACAGCAAUGACAAACAGAGCAACUGUAUUGGAGUGCAUUCAAGCCAUUGAGAAAGCUGCCUAGGACAGAACCAAUUCUUUUCUGUUUUUUUUCUCUAAAGAAAAGAAUUACUCGUCUGCCAAACAUUGGAUUAAUUUAAAUACUUCUUUUUUCUCAGUUACUCAA